CAUACACUAUGACUCUAUGACCAACCAUAAUUAUAUAUAUUCCACCCCCCAUCACAUAGAUAUUUAGUUUUGUUUCGUUGAUCGUUGACAUUCAUAGAAACCGCAAUGGCUGGCGGCGGAAUGGUGAGCGACAAGGGCGGCGCAAGGGCGGAGUUGUACGAGUACAGGAUCACCUGGUACUUUAUAUUCACUUGCAUAGUUGCGGCUCUCGGUGGAUCUUUGUUUGGAUAUGAUCUCGGUGUCUCCGGUGGAGUAACAUCCAUGGACCAUUUCUUGAAAGAAUUUUUCCCAAAAGUUUACAAAAGAAAACAAGCACAUCUCAAAGAAACUGACUACUGCAAAUAUGACAACCAAAUCCUCACACUUUUCACUUCCUCACUUUACUUUGCAGCCCUUGUUUCCACUUUUUUUGCAUCCCAUGUCACCCGAAACCGCGGCCGGAGGGCCAGUAUUCUCUGGGGCGCCGUUAGCUUCUUCCUCGGUGCCAUCGUAAAUGCCGCAGCUCAAAACAUUGCCAUGCUCAUCAUUGGCCGUUGCCUUCUCGGUGUUGGAAUCGGAUUCGGGAACCAAGCAGUUCCUCUUUAUCUGUCGGAAAUGGCGCCAGCGAAGAUCAGAGGUAGAGUAAACCAACUGUUUCAGUUGACAACUUGUUUAGGCAUAUUCAUAGCCAACUUUGUAAACAAUGGAACUGAGAAACACUCAUGGGGGUGGAGAUUAUCACUCGGGUUAGCUACAGUCCCCGCGACAUUAAUGUUCGUUGGCGGACUAUUCCUGCCCGAAACCCCAAACAGUUUAGUUGAACAAGGAAGAUUAGAUGAAGGAAGAACAGUUCUUGAAAAAGUUAGAGGUACAAAAAACAUAGAAGCCGAGUUUCAAGAUCUUAUUGAAGCAAGCGAGGCUGCGAAAGCCGUAAAACAUCCAUUUAGAAACCUUUUAAAGAGGAAAAACCGGCCGCAGUUGAUCAUAGGAGCUUUGGGUAUACCUGCAUUUCAACAACUUACAGGCAUGAACUCGGUUUUGUUCUACGCACCGGUGAUCUUUCAGAGCUUGGGGUUUGGAUCUGGUACAUCUUUAUGGUCAUCAACAAUCACUAGUGGCACUCUUGUUGCUGCUACCUUUAUCUCAAUGUUUUUUGUUGAUAAAUUUGGUAGAAGAGCCUUUUUCUUGGAAGCUGGCACUGAAAUGAUCAUCUGCAUGGUGGCUGUGGCGAUAACCUUAGCUCUCAAAUUUGGACAAGGUGUUGAGCUACCAAAAGGAAUUGGGAUUUUUCUUGUGAUUUUGAUCUGCAUUUUCGUUUUAGCGUAUGGGCGAUCAUGGGGUCCGUUGGGUUGGCUAGUUCCAAGUGAAUUGUUUCCGUUAGAAACAAGAUCGGCAGGGCAAAGUAUUGUUGUUUGUGUCAACAUGUUCUUUACGGCUUUGGUAGCGCAAUGCUUCCUCGUGUCACUAUGUCAUCUCAAAUACGGAAUCUUUUUGUUGUUUGCCGCGUUGAUUGUGAUCAUGACCUGCUUCAUCUAUUUCUUGUUACCGGAAACCAAACAAGUUCCAAUUGAAGAGAUACAUUUGCUAUGGCGAAAACACUGGCUAUGGAAACAUUAUUGCGCGCCUGAAGAUGAGUUCGAAAACAAAGGAAUGAAACCUGUUUAAUUUGUCUAGACCUUUUUACAUGCUUUUAUAGAUGCUAAAUUUUAUUUCGGUUUUAUUGUGGGUAUGUACUUCCAAAGAUACAUGUAAAGCAUCUGGUUUAGCGGAAUUUGAUAGAUUAAAAUUACAAAUUCUGCUAAACCAGAUAUCAUAUACUGUCUUGUCUGGUUUCUUUUUAAUAGUAUGAUUAAAUUUCAACUAAA